AUGAGCUCUACACAAGACCUUGACUAUCCUCAGAUCUUAUUUCAGUAUACCAAUGGGUUUUUGGUAUCAAAGACUAUGUUUACUGCCUGUGAAUUGGGAGUCUUUGAUCUCCUGCUGGAGUCAGAAGGACCCCUGCCUUCCAAUGCCAUUGCUCAAUGUUUGGGCACCAGCACCUGUGGAAUGGAACGGUUACUUGAUGCCUGUGUGGGGUUAAAGCUCCUGGCAGUAGAAAUGAAAAGUGAAGGAGCCUUUUAUAGAAACACAGAGCUUUCUAACCUCUAUCUUACAAAAGCAAGUCCCAAGUCUCAGUAUCAUAAUUUGAUGUACUACUCCAAAACCAUCUAUCUGUGCUGGCACUACCUGACAGAUGCUGUGAGAGAUGGGAAAAACCAGUACGAGCGAGCAUUUGGUGUUUCAUCAAAAGACCUCUUUGAGGCUCUCUACAGAUCAAAAGAAGAGAUGAUCCAGUUCAUGUAUGGUUUAAAUGCAAUUUGGAGUAUAUGUGGUAGAGAUGUGAUUGCAGCAUUUGACCUUUCCCCUUUCACUGGCAUUUAUGAUCUGGGAGGAGGUGCAGGUGGUUUGGCCCAGGAAUGUAUUUCUUUGUAUCCAAAUUCUACAGUCACAAUUUAUGACCUACCUAAAGUAGUGCAAGUGGCAAAGGAGUGUUUUGUGGCCCCAGAAGAACGUAGGAUCACUUUUCAUGAAGGAGAUUUUUUUACAGAUCCAAUUCCAGAGGCUGACCUGUACAUUGUGGCGAGGGUCCUGCAUGACUGGGCAGAUGACAAGUGUAUGCAGCUACUAGCAAAAGUCCACAAGGCUUGCAAGACUGGUGGCGGAGUGUUGCUGGUUGAAACACUUUUGAAUGAAGAUAAAACUGGGCCUUUGGAAACACAGCUUUACUCAAUUAACAUGUUAGUUCAAGCUGAAGGAAAAGAAAGAACACCAACCCAGUACAGCACAUUCCUCACAGCAGCUGGAUUCAGAGAAAUUCAAGUCAAGAAAACAGGAAAACUCUAUGAUGCCAUUUUAGGAAGAAAAUAAUUCUUUUUCGUUCUUCUCCACUGUUAGAUAUAUACAAGCAGUGAAGUGAUCAGUUUCUACUAGACUGCAGCAAUGAACCUGGUUCAUAGUUAAGCUUGUCACUUUCUUUGUAAAACAAUAAACUAUUAGAACAUUCACUUAUUAUAUAUUUUGAGCUUACAGAGGAUUAAUGAUCUGCCACUUUGAACGUGACUCUUGUUUGGCUUUGUACUCUAAUUGGGGAAAUAAAGUCUCAGAGGGGGAUGCUCAUUCAUUUUGAGCUACAGGUACACUGUAGACGUACCCUAAGAAUCUUGUACAAUGUAUAAUGAAUGUAUAGUGUGGAGGCCAAAAUAUUAGUUACACCAAUUUUGAGUUCUUUAAAAUCUUCUGCUUGCGUGGGCAGUUUUCUUUCUAUUUGUAUGUUAAUUUCUUUAUUUAAUUAAGGGAAGGCUUAGAUUUCCUUAUCUAAUGAUAUAAGGUCAAUUGCUGGUAUCAAUUGCUUGAACUUCAUAGAAUUUGGCAAAGCUAUGCCUGUUUACACUGACAGAUGGUUCCGAUCUCUACAGUGUGUAGUCUACUUUAGAAGUAUUUCCAGAUAGCUUAAGAAGAGAUGUGUUCAGACAAAGUAUCCCUGAAGGCAAACCCUAGGCACAGAAAGAAGCGUCUUUACUAUGUGUUCUCUGCUUUCAGCCUGACUUGUAUAGUCAAUACAAUAUCUGAUAUGCAGAAAUGAGGAGAAACUCCCCUAGAGAGCAGGAAAUGACUGUACCAGAUAUAGUAUCGAUUUACUUUUCCUAAACUGUUGUAUUCCAAAUGCAGCAAAGAUUGGUGGAUCUUUCUGUAAAUUCCACUCACAUAUCUUGCUAAUAGAAGCAAUAGUAGCGUGCUUUAAGGAAACAAGGACAUUGCUUUUAGAAAUGAUGUGUGUUAAACAUAGGAAACAUAGAAAUGUUGUUUUGAGAGGCAUUUCAAAGAGUAAAUGACUUGUAACAUUGCCUAUAGGAAAUGUAAGACAUCUACAGUUCCAAAUUAUCAUUUAAAUUAGUCAAUGAAAAAUGUAAUCAGCCUUUGGGCCAGGCCCCUGCAUACAACCUACUUCACAAGCGACUGGGAUUUUUCAGUUUAGAAAAGAGGAGACUGAGGGGGGAUA